AAAUCAUCAGACGCCGCCCUAUGGUAUUCUACAUUCAACAAUAACAACAGACAACAGACGCUCCGAGCUUGAGAUGAAGGGAGAAGAAGGUCUAUUAAGAAAUUCACUGUAAAUUGUGGGAUUUGUGUUCGGAGAACGUUAGAAACGUUACCGGUUACUUGAUAGUUUCGACCAUUGGAGGGAUAUUUCGGCUCUAGGAAUCGGGCGCUUAGAAGCUUAAGGAAGAACGGGCGCUCUGUUUGCGUAUUGAAUAACGAGCCGGAUACCGGCAGAGUGAGAUAACACUACACAGUUCAGAACAAAAGCACCGACAUUAUCGCCGAAUUUAAUGGAUAUGUCAGCAAUUGCAAUGAAUGCUUCCGGGGAGGACCUUUCGGUAGCAGCUGGUGGCGAUACUGAUAAAUUUUCACCCCCAUCCGACGGGGGUACUCCAGAUUGCCAAGCGUUGAAGGUUCCAGAUGAACCCAUUCCGAUAAAGGAAGACGGGGAGCGUGAAGAAAGAGAGGUACGAAAAUUAACGCUAGAAACUCUCCUACGAGAAGGCGUGCUAGAAAGUGGAGACGGAGUCCUUUCGAUGGAGUACAUGGGAAUGCGUUUUACUGGCGAUUUACUUCCAGAUGGGUCAAUUCGAUGGGGUGAGUCUGGUGAGGUGUUUCCGAGUCCAUCAGCCUGGGCAAUCCACUGUAAACGCAUCACACAACCUGAUAAGAAGACAUCAUGUGGCUGGUCACAAGUCAAAUAUAAAGGUCGUAAGCUGGAGUUGUACAAACAGGAGUGGCUGCAUAGACACAAGACAGCGAGGCCAUCCAACAUGGGUAACACUAUCACCAUCACGACUACGGCAACGAGCGCCGCAUCGCUUGUAAAUCCGCUAACCUCUGCGUUGGCAGCUAGUACUGCAUCCCCUGUUGCAGCUGCGGCAGUGGCGGCGAUGGCAACAGCGGCAGCUGCUGCUGCCGUCGGGACUGGUCUUCCCGUGUCCCCACCAGCACCAGCGGCGGGGCUAUUCAAUGUUGCCAGCGCUUCCGGAAUUGGUGGUGUUACCCUUGCCGCCCCAACAAUCGAGCCUACCGCCACAUCUGCUUCUGCAGCCACGUCCUCUACCACAAUUGCACCUACGACUGUGACAUCAAUGACUCUGACGGCCACUGUGACAGCUUCCCCCGUAACAACUGUCACCAGCGUUGCACCUGCUGCGACUAUACAAGAUGCUAAGCCGUUGGCAGCGCAGAACAAUAUUGUUGCCCCAACAGCUGCUGCAGCAGAAGGAGCAGCUGCAAAUGACCCCACAAAACCUCCGGAAGAGGAGGGAAAACAAGCUUUUGAAGCAAUGAUCCGCGUUGGCAAAACGGUUAUCCGAAAACCGCGCUGGUUCAUUGAAGCAAAACGACGUGCUCUGGGCCUUCCGGGCGAGGGUCAAGACGACAACAAAGAAAAUGGGUCGAGACAAGGCGGCUCAGACGGAGACUGCAAUGGAGCAGCUCUCGACAAACUGCCGGAGAAUCCGCAGUAUGAUCCGGUGACAUUUGCCUCAAUCGAACGGCUUCAACCAUUUCACAUUUCGGUCUCCUCAAACGUUCUCCUGCUCGUCGAUUUUCAUUGUCAUUUGAGCAAGACAGAAGUGUGCGGAUAUCUAGGUGGUACGUGGGAUGUGGCUACGCACGCUAUGCAAAUCACCCAGGCGUUUCCGGUGAAAGUUCCGCUCGAUUCGGCUGAUCACGCUAAGGUUAUGGAAGAGAUACAGCUUUCAAUGUGCUCGCGAAAUCUCUAUCCAGUUGGAUGGUACCAUUCACAUCCGAGACUGUCUCCACACCCAACGAAGAGGGAUGUUUUGAAACAACUCGACUACCAGUUGGACAUGCGUGGUGACAACGAAGCCCAGUAUAUGCCUGUUAUCGGUCUCAUUUGCUCUCCCCAGGGUGCUAUGGAUUCGCUGACCGAGGCUGAGCUAAUGUUGUACUGGGUAAUGCCUCCGCCGGAGAACCGCCCUCAUGAAGUCGGCAAAGCCAUGAAAAUGGUGUAUGCGCACAACCAGGACAGCUUCCUAACUCAGGACCUCCUCAUGGAAAUGCGUCUUCUUGCCGAACACUAUCGCAACGGAAAUCGGCUAGCCGAUUUUACAGCUUCAACAACGAGCUCACCACCACAUACGGUUUGGGAUCAACUAAAAACGUCCUUAAGUACAAAGCUGCCUCGGGAUCUGCAAACAACAUCGAAUUCUAAUGGACAAGGCGGCGCCGGAGGUGCUUCCCAGGAUACUGCAGCUCAAGCUGUGCAGCACUUCUGGGAGUUCGUGCGCGGUCUCAUCAUUCCAAACAGCAUUUUACAGCAACAGCAGCAACAACAGAUGCAACAACAACAACAACUGCAGCAUCAACAAAUACAACAACAGCUUCAACAGCAGCAACAGCUGAUCCAUCAGCAUCAUCAGAUUCAUGCACAACCCGGUACAAGUAAAACAUAAGGAGUUCAGGAAAUGUGGCCAACGACACGCGACAACUUGGUGGAAGCGAAAGAUGAUCUGUUGUUGAAACAUAGCAAUGGCUUAGUUGGAAAAAUUAAGCGUACUCAGUUUGGACUUUGUGAAUGAAUGGUAAAAUUAUCAGUCUAAGAGAAUCGAUAUGCAGUCACCAACGGCCUGAAUUGCGGAAUGUGUGCAACCGGCUUUUCAUUACUUUUUCAUUUGCUAAGCAUCAUUUGCGAAAAGAUACACAUUACAAAUAUUAGGCACCAAAUUCUAUGGGAUGAAGCUUGCAUCAAAUUUUCAGCCCAAUUUUUUUUAGCAAUGAGAGCCCUUUCUUUUUACAGUACAUCGAUUAAGGAAACUUAUGGGCAGGGUGGCGUCCUUCUUCUCGUGAGAGUGAAAAUCUCGUUAUCUAAUAAUAGAAAAUUGAACGAGGGAAAUUCGUAGGUGUUGGUUGUUCGCCAGUCUCCCAUUACUAGGCUGAACGCAAACAAUAAGCCCAAGAAAUUUGUCUACUGGCGAGCAUACUAUUCGGGUGUAGUCAUUAUUUUUAUAGUAGUAUCGCUCAGCGAAAUGGCAAAGUUUUCAGUUGUGUUUCAUCUUCCCUUUUACAAGUAGGCGACAUAUUUAAAGAAGUCUUUUGCGAAAAACGCGAAUAGCAUUUGCUCUCCAGGUUUCUCUAGACAAUAGAAUAUAAAAUUAGCAUGGUCAUGUAGUGUAGAGCUCUCAGUUCCACGAAUGUACACGAAGCAUAUGGGAUAUGGACUCCUGAUUACUUUGUGUGCCGACAGUGCUUCACAGAGCAUUAAGUGGAGAUUAGGAUUUAACAACAGAUGCCGAAUGUACAGAAUUAAUCCAAUAUGUAACCGAUUCGGUGUCGAUAAAGUCGGACGUACGUAUAUGCAAUAGGAACAAGAGCAAGACAAAGAUGGAAAUAGUAGUUCUCUGAACGAAGCUAUACGCUAUAUCGUAAGGGUAUUUGUAGAUACGUACAUGGUUACCAAUUUUAUUUUUCAGUUAGUAAAAUAUCAUGUUUUUAAUUACUUAUAUGGACAAUAAUUGUCCAUCACUUGUAUAUGUUCUCACCCCAUUGUGAUUAUUCCUGGCCAACUAUUCUAUUAUAUUUAGCGUAUACAUGGAUGAGUAAAGAAACUUUAUGCAGCAUCAUAUUGAUUUUGGCGUAUUUUUUCCUGUUCUAUCCACGUACCCAAUACUGCGUGUUCAUACAAACGAAUUGUGUACAGCUUAUUCCUAUGACACGGUAAAUUUUCUUGAGGUACAGCAAAAAUGGUUAGUAUCAAACUGUCACAUCUACUUACCAGUCACCUAAAAAAGACGGCUUAUGUGCGUUAUAUUUUUAACUAAACCAGUGUAAAUGUAAUUAACAUGGUAAAAUUGAGUACUUUGAGGAGAAGAUGAAAAUAAUGGUAUGGGUGUUUGCAUUUUUGUUAGAAAACACAUCAAAAACAUUUCAGAUCGCUUCUCUUGUAUAAGUUCGAGAAAUUUCAACCAAAAUUUCGCAGUUUUCUUUCGUUUCGUGGGCUCUUUGUGUCGUGGGAAUUAUCUUGCCUACCAUUGUACUGGGACUGUGAACUCGAGGUUCCCACUAUGUGGUCGUCGUACGGUCUCAAGCUAUCACGAUUAUAGUCGUACGGCCGAUAAUAGUCUGAAUGAAGAGCAGUGCCAUCACGAUUGUAGCAAAUGGCGUUGUUACACUUAUCUUCACAGCAGUACAUUCCUGAAAGCAUUUGAAAUGCGGUUAUUAUUAUUCAACAUUUACCCAUUUGCUACCUACAUGAAUGUGUACCAUACAUACAUUGAAGAAAACAACAAAGACCGACAACCAAUAGUCUGGUGAAGAUCGAAGCUAGCCAAAAGAAAGAAUACACCCUAUGCUCAUUCGGCAUGAGGAAGACAAAUUACCACUGAUCUUAUUCGUGUUCUUUCACUCAGGUACUAUGUUUUUCAAUAAACGUGUUUCGUUGAAUUAGAU